CGAAGAAGUGAAAAGAAGAGCAAACACAGAUGGUGAUCGAACAAUACGACACCUAUAAACCGUGUUUAAAGCAUCUCCUCUCUCUCACCAAUCGAAUUUCUGCUGCAAAUUUACGCCUUUUAGGGUCUUUAGAACACUGUUACUAGAGAGAGAAGAAGAUGGCGACGAGUAGAAUGGUGAGGGUUGCGCAGGAUGGUUCCGGCGAUUACUACUCGGUCCAGGACGCAAUCGACUCGGUGCCUCUUGGAAACACUUGCCGGACUGUGAUCCGUAUCUCACCGGGGAUUUAUCGACAGCCAGUUUACGUGCCCAAGAGGAAAAACUUCAUCACUUUCGCCGGAAUCUCCCCGGAAAUCACCGUUCUCACUUGGAACAAUACGGCUUCCAAGAUUGAGCAUCACCAGGCGUCUAGAGUCAUCGGGACGGGGACGUUUGGGUGCGGGACUGUUAUUGUGGAAGGAGAGGAUUUUAUUGCAGAGAACGUUACUUUUGAGAACUCUGCUCCUGAGGGAUCAGGGCAAGCUGUGGCGAUAAGAGUUACUGCAGACCGUUGUGCCUUUUAUAACUGUCGGUUUCUCGGAUGGCAGGAUACAUUGUAUUUGCAUCAUGGGAAACAAUAUCUGAAAGACUGCUAUGUCGAAGGAAGUGUGGAUUUCAUAUUUGGAAACAGCACCGCACUCUUGGAACACUGCCAUAUCCAUUGCAAAGCUCAGGGUUUUAUAACAGCACAAAGCCGAAAAUCAUCUCAGGAAUCUACUGGUUACGUAUUCCUAAGAUGUGUGAUCACUGGCAAUGGUCAGAGCGCGUAUAUGUAUCUGGGAAGGCCUUGGGGACCAUUUGGGAGAGUGGUCCUUGCAUAUACUUACAUGGAUGCGUGUAUCAGAAAUGUGGGAUGGCAUAACUGGGGAAACUCAGAGAAUGAGAGAAGUGCUUGCUUUUAUGAGUAUAGGUGCUUUGGUCCGGGGAGCUGUUCGUCUGGGCGGGUUACGUGGUCGAGAGAGCUGAUGGAUGAAGAAGCUGGACACUUUCUGCAUCAUGGUUUUGUUGAUCCAGAUCAGGACCGGCCUUGGUUGUGUCUGAGAAUGGGAGUGAAAACACCGUAUUCGGCGUAGAAUACAGAAACAGAAGAUGUUGUAAUUCUCACGGAGGCGAAGAAUAACAAAGGAUUCUGGAGAGAACCUACUGUAAACUAAGUAUUGAACUUGGGAUUAUCUUUGUCCAAGUGAAUCAGUGCACACAAAAUAAAUAAAUAAAUUUCUAAA